AUGAGAAUAUUUUAUCAGUUCGCGAUUUUUAUAUUGUUCGCUGGAAUCAGCUAUGCUAGUCACAAAUGUACACUUUUUAACGAUAAAAAUCAUGGAUUCGGAUGUGAAUUGAGAAAUGUCACUCCGUCACAAAAUGAUUUUGAGAUAAAUAUAAUGGCAAGGGAUGACACAAAUAAAACUGAAAAAGAUGUCAUGUGGGUACAGAUUCGUGAUUCACAAUUUGAAAACUUACCAAAAGGCGUUUUUGAAAAAUUUGUCAAUAUGGAGAAAAUUAUGAUAAUAUCAAGUCGUGGAUUUAAGAAUCUCGAACAAAAUUAUUUUGAUAAAAAGAUUACUCUUAUUUUAAUGAAAAACACAGAUUUGGAAGUAAUUGGAGAGAAAAGUUUUGUGGAAUUAGAAAAUUUGAAAAUUCUCAGCUUGAACUAUAACAACGUGAAGAAAAUUCAUAGAUCAGCUUUCAGAGAUCUUGUGAACCUGGAAAAGAUCGAAAUGGUGUAUAACUACCUUGAAACCCUUGAUGACGAUAUUUUUGCAAAUAAUGUAAACCUUAAGCUUGUGCUUUUGUAUAAUAAUCAACUGAAAGCUAUAAGCGGUCAAUUAUUCUCUAGAAACAGCAACAUUGAAUCAUUACAAUUGCAAAAUAAUAUUAUCACUCAAAUAGAGAAAGGAUUUUACAAGAACAUGACAAAGUUAACAAGAAUUGAUUUAAGUUCAAAUUUAUGUAUCAGUGAAAAUAUUCAACUAACUCGUUUCAUUCAAUGGUCAAGUCAUCAGUAUAAAUUUAAAGACUGUUAUAAUAAUUUUGCCUUGAUGAAGUCAACAAACGACAUGAUUCGUAGUGUUUCAAAAAAAAUUGAAAAUCUUGAAGAUCAAGUUUCCGAAAUAAUGGAGAAAACUUCAAAUGAUUUGGCAAUACUUGAAGGAAACAUGAAAAAUUCGACUGCUUUGGAAGAAUUUAAAACUAAUUUGUUGGAUUUCUUUAAAAAUGAUAAAGAAAAGUUCAAGCAAUUAUAUGAAAAUGACUUACACAACAUAACUUCGUCAAUUCGAAUGGAACUAAUUGAAGAAGUCGAGAAUCAGCUUGAAAGUUCGCUGACUAAAACUCAAGAGACAGAACAGCAAAAGCUAGUCUCAAAUGAGUUCAAUCUAUUCCGUGAAGAAUUCUCUGGAAAGUUUGUUUUUAUAUAUUUCAUUCUCUUCAUCCUGGUUUGCUAUGGGUUCUUCUCAACUUAUGUAAUAUUUAUAAAAUUGAAGAUUUUCCCCAGGUUCGGUUCUCAGCUUGAUGAUAACAGAAAAUUAAUUGAACAAGAAACUUAA